CCGUGGCUGGCUGUGGUGGCGGCGGGUUCGAGCUAGAGAGAGAGAGAGGGAGGAAGAGAGGGAGAGAUAGACGCCGCCGUGAGUGUGUCUUCUUCUUCUUCGUCGGCUCUUCGUCACUCUCCCCCGUUUAGCGUUCGUUUCGUGGCUUGACAAGGCGCGGGCCUUGGCCGAAACAUGACACAGUGUCGCCAGGUAGCAGGCGAAGAGGUGAAUUACGUGUGACACGCGAGGGAAGGCGAGCGAGAGCGCCAUAACCCCGAUUUGUUUACAUCCGAGAGCGGGGAGGUGUCAUGGCGGACGUGGGCCGUCAGGAGUGUGGGAGGCUGAGGAUGAUGAUGCCACUGGCAGUGUGUUUCUAAAACCGGUUUUUUUUUUUUACGGCGUCGUCAGCGACUGUCAGCGGCGUUCUCGUGUUGCAGAUAGGCCCUCGACGAAUCUCCAUUCGCUUGAGUCACCGAUAUAAAGUGAUCUUCGACGAUAAACCCGAAUCUAGGAAGCCGAGCAUCUGGUAGCUUGGUGGGAGGGAAAAAAGAUGGCUUUUUGGGAAAGCUUCCGUACGUUUGGCCCGGGUGAGAAAAGGAACUGGAACAUGUAAAAAUUAGGUUUUCGUGGAAUCAUGGGUGAUAGUGACUGUCCGAGGUAUUAAAUCUGACGUUCUCUCAACCUGAGUUCGAGGAUCACAAUCAAGAUGAUGGCUGCGUUCGAUCCCAGGGAAUGCCGGGUCUGCAACGAGGAGUUCGACGAGGACGAGAGAAGGCCGCGAACCCUCACCUGCUCCCACCACUUCUGCACAAACUGUAUCACGAAACUCAUCAACAACCACUCGAAGCAGUGCCCCUUCUGCCGCGUGGAAUUCCAGGCGUCCUCCGCUGGCGACGUCAUGGUCAACCACGGGGUCGAGGACUUCAUCAAGUUCCUCUCGAACAAAGAGGCCGAAACCUCCCCGGGACCCCACCAGCACCUGCAGGAGCACACCUUCGCGGCCGAGAAGCUCGACAACGCCACCAAGGACUCGGGAGCGACGAAUCGCAACCUGCUGGUGGACUACCAGAACGCGGAGACGAGGAUCGAGGACUGCAUCCAGAGCCUGCUGGCACUGAAGACCGACCUCCAGAACGAGAACGCCCGCAUCGAGGUCGAACUCCUGCCAAAGAUCAACGAGCUGAUGAUCGAGCACAAGGACGCGAUACAGAGCCUGGAGAAGACUCAGGUCAAGCUGGCCAGCCAGCUGAAGGAGGCCAAGGACAAGAAGCGCUACCUGAGGAAUGCCAACGAUAAGUACGACUCCUCUGCCUCCUCCACCAAGCUGAAGGAGAUCGUGUCGAAGAAAGACAGAGACAACAGAGAUUACUCUGCUGCCGAGUCGUGGCUCGAGCUGUUCAAAAACCUGUCUCCCGAGGACGAUAAAUUGAUCAGGAAAACUAAGAAGGUGUGCCGCUCGACCAAGGAGAAAGUGAGUGUUGCCAUCGAGGUGUUCAGUUCAAAAGACUCGAGUGACGAUGAUGUGAGUCCUGUUCUGGACAACGCUACCAUUACCUUGAGGGAACUCACUUUCUCAGGGCAACUCACACUUCAGAGGCUCCAAGAAAUGAGCGAGCCGGUGAAGGCUCUCCUGAAGCAGAGAAAAAUCUACGCCAUUCACUACGACAAGGGAAUCUCGAGAAGCGCCAAGUUCACCAUCAAGGGGGACACUACCUCUAUCUCCACCACCUGGAAAAGAACGCGUCCCGCCCGCUGACGCUUAUACGCUGGAGUACAGGGACGUUCUCACCCUCGUCGACCCUUCGUCCACACUGACCUUCCUGGAGCUGAGCGCCGGAGGAUCCACCCUGGGCCGCCUUCACGUCCUUCUCGCCCCUGAGACCGCCCGCGCCAAGAACUUCGCCCUCCUGU